AUGCCCCAGAUGCUUCUCAAACACUUUUUCACCGUAAUUUUCUUGAGCACAGCAAAUGGAAUAAAUGCCAAGACAGAUGUUUGUGGGGGUGUGCUCACAGGAUUGUCUGGAUCAAUUACAAGCCCUGAUUACCCAGAGAAUUAUCCCAACAAUGCUGAAUGCCAUUGGGUCAUCCAAGGAACAUCCAACUCCAUUAUCAAACUGAUUUUUGUUGACUUCCAGAUGGAACACAGCGAGCAGUGUAAUUUUGACUAUGUGGCCAUCUUUGAUGGGCCCACAAUGGAAGAUACGCUUCUCAGUUACUACUGUGGAAACACGAAACCUCCAGAGGUGGUAUCUUCUGCACAUGAACUGUUGGUUGUAUUCAAAUCAGACUUUAACAUUGCUAACAAAGGCUUCAAGGCAUAUUUCUUUUCAGGUGCAUGUCAGGAGGUAUAUACUGCUGUCAAAGGAAAUUUCUCCAGUCCUCAAUAUCCACACUCUUACCCCAAUAAUAUCAAGUGUCGCUGGACCAUCCAGUUGCCGCUAGGUUAUCGAAUCAAAGUUUUUUUCCUGGACCUGGAUCUCGAGGGACGGAACAGUCUGACAGAUGGUUGUGAUUAUGACCAUUUGGCUGUGUUUGAUGGAGGUACUGAGAAGGCAUCUCUGCUAGGAAAGUGGUGUGGGAGAGAAAUGCUAUCUCCAAUUAUAUCCAGUAGAAACAACUUGCUGUUGGUUCUUCACACUGACAGGAAUACAGCCAAUCGAGGUUUCUCGGUAGCAUAUUUUGGAGUUGUCCCUAUGAAUGUCAGCUGCACAAGGACAGAAUUUCAGAUCCAAAUCCUCACACAGUCUUUGGCUCAGCUGGAGCGAAAUAAAAUCUACUUAGGAGUCCCCUCCUGCCCUGCACAAGUGGUUGGCUUGACCUUUCGGAUACAUGCAAGAUUUGAAACCUGUGGCACAGAACCGCAAAAAAGAAACAACACGUCUGUGAUUGUCAGCAUUCUGUACAUUGACUUUUCCGAUGGAAACCAAGAGGAUAUUCAUCAAUACGAAGUGCAAUGUGAGCCUAAAAGGAAAGAGGCCCUUGUGAAUCUGAUCUCGGGCUCUAAUUCCUAUAGGCUGAACCAGUAUGCUGAGAAUCUGGUGGAGUCCCAGCCAAAGGAUGUAGGCGUGGCAGAUGUCUAUGAAAGCAAGGCUCAAGAUACCAGUGACUUUGUCUUCAUCAGCAUCUGCGUCCUUGCUGGGGUUCUGAUGGUGAUUGCUAUUGUUGGGUUAGUCUUAUUAUAG